CAGCCAUUGUUGAGCCGGAAAAACCCACGCCGAACCCCGUUGACUGUGCCGACACUAAGUGGCUACGCCUUUACGGUCAAGCGUAACGACCAAGCUUCCUAGAACAACCAACAGAGCCCAGCAUGUCGGGCUACUACGAGCCUUCUCCUUCGCAAUGGAACCCCACUGGACAGCCGGCUGGCUGGGACCACCAGACUCCGCCGCCCGCCCGCUCCGGUGCUAGUUCGGCUAUCCCGCGCGAAGAACCCGCUGCUUUUACCCAUCAACUCGAGGGUACGUAGUGUCUAUCUGGAAUCCCAAGGUUUCAUACUGCACCCUGGGCGUCCUCGGUCCCAUUUUGUGUUGGGAGGCUGGAUGGCGUCUGGGAUUUUUUGGAUUGAGAAUGGAAAGGCAUGCGUAGCUAACCGCCUCUGUCUUUCAGAGGUCGAUCGUGCCAUCGACAACCUUGUGAAGAGCGGGAAGCUGUUUGGAAUUGCUGGGACCCGUCGUGAGUCCCUACCUUAUCCCGGCCCCGCCAGAAUGUACCCAGCUUUCGGUAAGUAUGCGUGGGACUGGCCGGGCCGACCCGAAGAGCCCGACCCACUGACCAUGACCCUCCUAGACGGACGUCCGCCUGCCGGACCCGGUUCUCGCCCACACUCGAUGGCUGCUGACUUUGGUGAUGCGCGCGGUCCGCACCCAGGCACGAAUCUGCAAAACUUCUACGCCUCCCAGAGACACCAGUCCUCACGCGGCUCGAACGAGGCGGAACAGAUGAUGCAGGCCAAGAGGAGAAUGGCCGCCCAGCGGGAGCGAGAGCUUCGGAACUAUCAUCAAGAGCAGCAAUACAACCGAACUGUCCUCGCCGAAAUGUCCUACGGUCCCAAUAAACCCGAUCGCACCAUAAGCCCCGGCGGCUUGUCCGAAGAGGACCGCCGCAAGCUCCUCGCCCAGCAGCGUAGUGCAUUGUAUGGCGAGAGUCCUUUUGCUGUUGCUGAAUCUGGUUAUGCCGACGAAACCGGCCCUGUCCGAGCGGGCCUCCCUGGCGCUCCGGGGCCGACUGCCCUCCGUGGCCAGUCGCCGCUGGCAUACGGCUACGGCCGUGCACCCGCUGUCCAUACUAACAUCGGUCACCAACCCUCUGCCGAAACUAGCCAAGGACCCCGGUCUGCCGGGCCGAACGAGCAGUCGCGAGCCAACAGUACAAGCCCUCAGUCCAACCCAGGCAGCAAGGGCAUGUUGGAGGCAUCAGGGACCCAGCAGUCUAACCGCACCAGCGCCUCGUCUCCUGGAGGCUCGCCACCGCGCCAGGGGCCCCCGGGCAUCAAACCAUCACAGGGUUCCGUCGCCCCUAUCGGCACUCGCCCGUCCGCCACCACCGCCUCAACGAAUCCUGUAUCGAGUAAGCGAGACAUGACCCAGCUGCCGUCUCCUCUUAGCCAAGGCUAUAUCGCAUCUGCAGUCAACGAGAACGGCAACGAGGACAGCACGCCGAGCAGCACUGCCCCUACUAACCCGUCCUCGGCCACUACUGAGGCUCCCUCUGUUGGCCUCGCUGGCUGGGGUGCCCGCCCGAACGGAUGGGGUAGUAAGCCCGGUCUUGGCGUCCCGGCCAGCGUCUGGGGCUAGAUUUUUUGUACGGCCAAUAUUAUACUGAAAAGUAAGCCGGGCCGGCAAGGUCAACAUCGAUGUACGCUUUGGCUGAGGAUCACCCGCCUCUCAAGAGUGACGAGGACGUCGAUGUCGCAAUGGUCGUCGCCGUCACUCCUAUCUUUCCUUUCUUCCUUCACAUUAUUUGCCCCCUUUUUUUUUCUUUUCUUUUCUUUUCUUUUCUCUCUCUCUCUCUCCC